AUGAAAAGUUUCCUCUAUUCGUUGUACCUGGGACUUUUAGUCUUUCUAAAUGUUGCUUUAGCGUUAGGGCAAUCUUCCAAUGACAAUGUGUCAGAGGUUGUAUAUGUAACAACUCAUAUUACUGGUGCUCUAACUUUAGAAACAAUGUUUUACAUAAGUAUCCCUUAUUCUGACUUUUCAACAGGUUUAUACCCGAUGUCAUCUACGCAACUAUCAUCUCAAUAUUUAUUUAGUAACCAGUUCACUGUAGCAACUUCAAUCACAAAUGCUACAUCAACACCUCCAAUACCUUCAAUAUCAAGAAGUUCCUUGAAUGUUGCUUCAUCUACCGGACCUACAGUUGCUAGGACCGCUGUUCCAUCAUCUUACACCAACUCGAGUGCCUCCACCUCUGGUGUGUCAUCCACUGUUUCCGGAUCUUCUGUUGUUCCAUCAUCGUAUGCCAACUCCAGUGCCUCCACCUCUGGUGUCUCAUCCACUGUUUCUGGAUCGUCUGUUGUUCCAUCAUCGUAUGCCAACUCCAGUGCCUCCACCUCUGGUGUGUCAUCCAGUGAAUCCAGAUCUUCUGUUGUUCCAUCAUCGUAUGUCAACUCCAGUGCCUCCACCUCUGGUGUGUCAUCCACUGAAUCCAGAUCUUCUGUUGUUCCAUCAUCGUAUGCCAACUCCAGUGCCUCCACCUCUGGUGUCUCAUCCACUGAAUCUGGAUCUUCUGUUGUUCCAUCAUCGUACGCCAACUCCAGUGCCUCCACCUCUGGUGUCUCAUCCACUGUUUCUGGAUCUUCUGUUGUUCCAUCAUCGUAUGCCAACUCCAGUGUUUCCACCUCUGGUGUGUCAUCCACUGUUUCUGGAUCUUCUGUUGUUCCAUCAUCGUAUGCCAACUCCAGUGUUUCCACCUCUGGUGUGUCAUCCACUGAAUCUGGAUCUUCUGUUGUUCCAUCAUCGUAUGCCAACUCCAGUGCCUCCACCUCUGGUGUCUCAUCCACUGAAUCUGGAUCUUCUGUUAUUCCAUCAUCGUAUGUCAACUCCAGUGUUUCCACCUCUGGUGUGUCAUCCACUGAAUCUGGAUCUUCUGUUGUUCCAUCAUCGUAUGCCAACUCCAGUGCCUCCACCUCUGGUGUGUCAUCCACUGUUUCUGGAUCUUCUGUUGUUCCAUCAUCGUACGCCAACUCCAGUGCCUCCACCUCUGGUACCUCAUCCACUGAAUCUGGAUCUUCUGUUGUUCCAUCAUCGUACGCCAACUCCAGUGCCUCCACCUCUGGUGUGUCAUCCACUGUUUCUGGAUCUUCUGUUGUUCCAUCAUCGUAUGCCAACUCCAGUGCUUCCACCUCUGGUGUGUCAUCCACUGAAUCUGGAUCUUCUGUUGUUCCAUCAUCGUAUGCCAACUCCAGUGCCUCCACCUCUGGUGUCUCAUCCACUGAAUCUGGAUCUUCUGUUGUUCCAUCAUCGUAUGUCAACUCCAGUGCCUCCACCUCUGGUGUCUCAUCCACUGUUUCUGGAUCUUCUGUUGUUCCAUCAUCGUAUGUCAACUCCAGUGCCUCCACCUCUGGUGUGUCAUCCACUGAAUCCAGAUCUUCUGUUGUUCCAUCAUCGUAUGCCAACUCCAGUGCCUCCACCUCUGGUGUGUCAUCCACUGAAUCUGGAUCUUCAGUUGUUCCAUCAUCGUAUGUCAACUCCAGUGCCUCCACCUCUGGUAUGUCAUCCACUGUUUCCGGAUCUUCUGUUGUUCCAUCAUCGUAUGCCAACUCCAGUGCCUCCACCUCUGGUGUCUCAUCCACUGUUUCUGGAUCUUCUGUUGUUCCAUCAUCGUAUGCCAACUCCAGUGUUUCCACCUCUGGUGUGUCAUCCACUGUUUCUGGAUCUUCAGUUGUUCCAUCAUCGUAUGCCAACUCCAGUGCCUCCACCUCUGGUGUGUCAUCCACUGAAUCUGGAUCUUCUGUUGUUCCAUCAUCGUAUGUCAACUCCAGUGCCUCCACCUCUGGUGUGUCAUCCACUGAAUCUGGAUCUUCUGUUGUUCCAUCAUCGUAUGCCAACUCCAGUGUUUCCACCUCUGGUGUCUCAUCCACUGUUUCUGGAUCGUCUGUUGUUCCAUCAUCGUACGCCAACUCCAAUGUUUCCACC